UAACUUGCAGAAAGCUGAUUUCAGUUUUGCACAUUUCGAAACCAGGGCUACUAUAAUGUUGUUCAUUUGACAAAACCUUUAGAAAUCGGUCUUAUUAGGUGUGAAAUGUUUAAAUGAAGUAUCAUAAAACCAGUGUGCAACAAAGAUCGCAAAGGUCAUCUGAGCUUUUCUGUAAUGUGUUUUAAGUGUAAUGUUACAAUAACUGAAAUAUUUGUAAUUUGGGUCAGUUUUUGUUUUGUUUUUUUUGGAAGAAGAAAUGAACCCCAUUGUUCUCUCUGUUGGUGUAGUUGUCCUUGCCAAGGCUGUCAGCUGUAAUUAAGGCUUUAGAGUCACUGUGCUUUCCCACACGUAUACACACACACACAAAGGCCUGGGGGUGGCAGGAUAGUGGGGGUGGGACUCGUCAUUACAGUAAUGAGACAGCCAUUGAGAUGGAAGGAGAGCUUGAGAGCUACACAACAGAACUGUGGAAUAAAUGGUCCUGCAAGUGAUGUGUCAUUGCCAAUUGUUUGAAAUAAGAAAAAUAGCCACAAUUCAAGUGCAAACGUGCAUUAAAAUGAUCCCGCUUGAGUGUUUCCCUCUACCCCAUCCAGGUGCAGUCCGGGUGACCGUGAGUGAGUCUGGUGUAGAGGUUGUGCAGGGAGAUUCUGUCACGCUGCCCUGUUCAUUCUUCACCAUGAUGCCCUUGUUCAGGCUCAGCAUCAUCUGGACUCUGACCCCGCUCUCAGACCCCGACUCCCCCAUACAGGUGAUCGUGUAUGAUCAAGGGCAGGUGAUUGAAAGCCCUUCUUUCAUGGGCAGGGUGGGAUUUGUGGUAAUGCCCUGGAGCGCGGACAUCAUUUUGAACUACACGCGUGUCUCUGACGCUGGAGUCUAUCGCUGUGUGGUCAGCAACCCACCUGAGACUGGAGACCCUGGCAUAGGAGAGCUCAGCCUCACUGUUUUGGCACCUCCGUCUCUUCCUGUGUGUCUGUGGGAAGGGGACACCGACGCUGGAGGCAAUGUGCGACUGUCCUGUGUGGUGGCAGAGGGCUUUCCUACUCCACAGGUCAUCUGGGAAAAGCUAGAACCAGAUAAGACGACACUGCCAGUUAACAUGGAUGGUGACACGACGGGCUCGGUGCACAUCGCCAAUGUGUCUGCGCAGACCUCUGGCCUCUACCGCUGCUCAGUGACCAACCCACUGGGAACCCAGCACUGCUACAUUAAUCUGUCUGUCUACACACCCCCGGAUAAUUCUCCUGGCAUCCUGCAGGGGGUGCUGUUGAGUCUCUCCAUGGCCCUGCUCCUGCUAGCUCUGAUGGUGCUGGUGCUGUGGCUCCACCGUUCGGCACAGGAGAGCAAAUGGAGGAACAGCCAUGAGGAAGAUGAGUGCUAUAAUGAGAUCAAAUACACGCCUUCUCUCAUUAAACGCUCGUUUGUUUGAGACAAGUACAGGAAGUGACAUCUGGAUCAUCUCUGCACUAAUAUAUUGUGAAGGCCAGUUUGUGUCAAAGGGGAGAACAUAGGCUACAUUAAACCACACAUUUAUACUCUUUCUGAUAAAACUGUAGGCCAGUGCUUUUUAAGUGCUUAAAUGCAUUACAGUUGCCCCAAAGACUACAGUCACUAUUCUAAACAAACAUCAUUUCUCAAUAGCAUGCCGCAGAUGCUAUGAAAUACAUUUGAAUUGUAUUUAACCCAGAAUAUUAAUUUAGGGGCUUCUAAAGCACAAGCUGUACAUAAUCUCAACAGACAAUCAAAAGUCACUAUAAAUUAAUGCGAGUUGAGUUUGGUCUUUUGGUAGAUAUGUAUAUGCUUUGUAGAGGGUCAUAUUGGACAUUGAUUUCAUUCGGUAAUUUCAUACAUGGCUUAAAGUUGAUUGUAAUUGCAUUUGCUUUUGGAAUUAAACCUCCAAUUUAACUACAAUAAAAAUGUGGAUCACUACAAGCAAUUUUAAUUUGUUUGAGAAAAUUCAUUUGAGUUAAUUUGAAACCUUUUGCAUAUUUCCAUUUUGUUAAGUGUGAGAGAGAAUGACUGCUGAAAAUGUAACUUUUCCAUCACAAGAAUAAAUUACAAGUUUUUACAUUGUAACAUAUUACAAUAUUACUGUUUUUACUGAAUUGUUGAUGAAAUAAAUGCAACAAUUUAUUUGCAAAUAAAACCUCCCUGAAUAUAAGAGACCUUCAAAAACAUUACAGACCUGUAGUGAAUAUAAUAUAUAUAGUCAAUUUACUAAAUUGCUACAAUUCAUUUAUUAAUAGAUAACUAGUAAAAUUGAUCC